AUCAAUGGCACCAGAUAACGACCAUUUAAUAGAUUCUCCGUCGCCGCCUCUUCUAGAGAUGAGACACCACCAAUCGGCGACGGAGAACGGUGGUGGUUGCGGCGAGAUUGUGGAGGUUCAAGGAGGUCACAUUGUUCGGUCAACAGGAAGAAAAGACAGACAUAGUAAAGUUUGUACGGCGAAAGGACCACGUGACCGGCGCGUGAGACUCUCUGCUCCGACGGCGAUUCAAUUCUACGAUGUUCAAGAUAGACUUGGUUUUGAUCGACCAAGUAAAGCUGUUGAUUGGCUUAUUACAAAAGCUAAAUCCGCCAUUGAUGAUCUCGCUCAGCUUCCUCCUUGGAACCCCGCCGAUACUCUUCGUCAACACGCCGCCGCUGCUGCUAACGCUAAACCCAGAAAAACCAAAACUUUAAUUUCUCCGCCGCCGCUGCCACAACCUCCGCCGCACGAAGAAACAGAGCAUCAUCAUCAUCAUCAAAUCGGAGAAGAAGAAGAUAACGAAUCGAGUUUUCUUCCCGCGUCAAUGGAUUCUGAUUCGAUAGCUGAUACUAUAAAGUCGUUUUUUCCGGUAGCUUCAACGCAACAGAGCUAUCAUCAUCAGCCACCGUCUCGAGCCAAUACACAGAACCAAGAUCUUCUUCGUCUCUCGCUUCAAUCUUUUCAAAAUGGUCCACCUUUUGCUAAUCAAACAGAGCCUGCUCUGUUCUCCGGCCAGAGCAAUAAUCCGUUAGCGUUUGACUCAUCGACGGCAAGCUGGGAACAGAAUCAUCAGUCACCGGAAUUUGGAAAGAUACAGAGACUGGUGACAUGGAACAACGGCGGAGCAACUGAUUCCGCCGGAACCGGAGGAUUUGUGUUUGCUUCUCCGUCGUCGUUGCAGCCAGUUUUUAGCCAAAGUCAGCUUUUAUCUCAGAGGGGUCCCCUUCAGUCCAUUAACACACCUAUGAUUCGUGCUUGGUUUGAUCCUCACCAUCAUCAUCAUCAUCAUCAUCAUCAUCAGUCCAUUACCACUGACGAUCUCCACCACCAUCAUCCUUACCAUAUUCCUCCAGGGAUUCACCAAUCAGCGAUUCCAGGCAUUGCAUUUGCUUCAAGUGGUGAAUUCUCCGGUUUUCGUAUACCAGCACGGUUUCAGGGCGAACAAGAGGAGCAUGGCGGCGACAACAAGCCGUCGUCUGCUUCAUCUGAUUCUCGCCAUUGAACAAGUUCCAAAAACACAUAAGAAUGUGCAACACUACUGGUUUCUUUUCAUAUUUCAGGGCGCUUCGAAUGCGUGGAAUAGGGAAGACUUUUUUCGUUGUUGUGUGUUUCGGAUAUUCAAAUGGCCUAUAAAUCCAAGGAAAGGAAUAGGAGAAGGGAGAAAUAGAAUCUGAUCAACAGUUUCAGGUUCAUCUUAACCUUCUAAAGCCUAGGCCUUUGUUAAUUUGAGUUCAUCUUGUAUCAAUUAGAAAACUUUCUGUUAGUUCAAUUAUGUUUUCGUUGUUGUGUUGUAACUUGUUCUUGUUGUUGUUCUAAAAUUAAUUGUCGUUUCCUUA